AAUGCAUAAAUAAUAAACAGUCCUAGCAAUCAAGCAAAAAUAAAUACAAUAGAGAAAGAAAAAAAAUCCUACACAGUGAUUAACAUUCGCACAAGAAGAGCCGAGUCGCGGGCAUGUUCCGUACACCCAUAAGCGCUCAAGGAUGGCCCGGGUAAGUAGGACGGGCACGGGAGGCAGCCUGGCUCGGGCGCUCAGUCACUACCCGGCCGAGAACACGAGCGGAGGGAGGCUGGCCACGCUCUCGCGAUCGGCCACGGGUUCCUCACGGUGUCGUUUGAGUGAAGUCCGACUGAGGCAAUUUAGCAGGUUCACUUAUAUUAGUUUCUGUAUUAGCAAAAGAUGCAAUAAUGUUUCCCCACCCUACCCCCCCGAAAAGCUAUCAUAUUUUAUUCGAUUUAUUUAAUUCCGGUCACGUCUCACGGGAAGAUCAUAUUCCCUCAAAAGUUUGCACGAUGUUUUAGUGUGUAUCUGAUAGCAGACGUUAUCAUGAGUGAGCGAUGUGAUAUGCAGUUCGUUCUGGUUAACCAUGUGGUCGACGGCGACAUGCGACGGCCGAUCAAACCAAACCGCUGGAUUGAAAUGUGGAUCGCCCGCCGCCCCCACUCGGCACUGGGCGGUUCAUGCAUUCACGAAAACACUUCAUUCACAAUUUCCCGCCCAGGGUCUCCGGUAGAAACCGCUCGCCGAUUGCAUGACGAAAAGGAACUCCGCCCAGAUCGAGGCGGCAAGCGGCCCGGAACAAACACCGAAUCCUCGCCUCCUCCGGGACAUGCCUGGCCUCCGACGGGAGAGGACAGCGCGGGGCGUCGCCGCUCUCUUCGGCGUAAAGUGCAUUAACGUGCCGUCGACAUCCCGCCCUGCACCCACGGAGAUGCGGCCGCCUCCAUAUGGCAAACAAGCGACACAUACACACACGGACGCACGAACAGACAAACAAAAUGUGUGUACGACAGUGUGAGAAACCGCCCGAGGCGAAAACCCAGCCCUCCUCCGAGGCUCCUCCUUCUGCCUGCCCCUCCGGCCCCCUCGCGUCCUACCGUCCCCCCCUCCUUGCAGUCCCUCCCCCCUUCCCACCCACGCUCCUUCCCUACCUCGACCUUAUCCUGUAUCCCUCGCUCGGACCUUGUCCCCUCCCACUCGCCGGUCUUGUUCACAUGCCCCGCACCCUUCCUUCCAGCGCCAUUUUUUCUCUUGGCUCUGUUUGCAUCUCGUCCUCGCCUCCUUCGCGUGUUUCUCGCCAGGGUUUUAUUCCCUUCUCCAGCUCCGUGCCCCGCCUGCCCGGUGAGAGCGCGAAGGAGACGACAGAUAGAUGAUCUGGAGGUUCUGACACAGGAGUCACGGCCCGCGAGAAGCCUCUUUCUCUCUGGCUCUUCGCUGGUCGGGUCAUCUGAGCAGAUUCAC